UGCUCCUCGCGCCGCAUCGUUCGCGAAGGACCCAUCACGAUUAGCCACAAUAGACUGCAGCUCUGCGUGGGGAGAGCUCGCCGCGGCUAACUCGCUCUUUUAAGCAUGGAUUCCGUUUUUUGGUGACUUUUUAUCAUUCCGAAAACGAGCCGGUUUUCCACGUUUAAGAUCUCAGGUGAGUGCCGCCCCCUAAAAAAAAUAAAAAUAAAAUAAAAGGUCAGCGUGGAUGCUAAAUCACAAGCGAGUCGACGGAUUGUCGGUCCUUUUAAUCCGAGCAUGUUGAAGACGGCACACUACCCCAGCGUGGACCCCUCGCCCACCAUCAUGCACGGCACCUGGCUCGCCUCUUCCACGAUGGGCUGCGUGCACGCCCCCUCCGCCGUGGCCGUGGAGAAGCCCAAAAAGAACGCGUUCAGCCUGGCUAAAAUCAUGUCUUUGGGCGGCAAGAAGGGCCACGGAGGCAACGCGCACUAUAACAACAACAACAACACGCCCUUCGCCAUCCACUGUCACAUCGGCAAGGAGAUCAAGCACAUUUGCAGCAACUGCAGCCGAGGGAACGGCACGCAGGACGCUGAAGAGGUCGAAAGGCUGGCCGGGAUGCGAGCCGAGUCCUUGGUUUCUCCCCCCAUCCGCUGUCGAAGCAGGCUCGCCACUCUGGGACGCCUCCUCAAGCCCUGGAAAUGGAGGAAGAGUAAGAGCGACAAAUUCAAGCAGACUUCAGCUGCCUUGGAGAGGAAGAUGUCCAUGCGACAGAGUCGAGAUGAACUAAUCAAGAGAGGAGUACUAAAAGAGAUCUUUGAAAAAGCAACUGUUGAGGUACGAUCUUCGGUUGACGGCGGCAUCUGUACUCAGGAGCCCUCACAUAAGUCGUCCAUGACCCGGGGCCCUAAGAAGUCUGUCACCUACUCAAGUGACCUUCAGGAUAACCAAGCUGUCAAGCCGCCGAUGUACCACAAGCAGCCUCCAGCGCUCCCGCCCAAGCCUUUCUCCCGUAUGCCGAACCAUAGCACAAAUUCUUGCCAGCCAAUGAAGUUUCCCUGCAUGCCCGGGACAAAGCACUCUCCUCCCCUCCCUCCCAAGAAAGUCAUGAUUUGCAUGCCCUCGGGGGGUCAGGACCGCUCCUCUUCCUCGUCUCCAUCGCCCAACCCCCUCAGCGCUCUCUCCCAGAAGUGCGGCCUCGGCCAGGUCUUGCCGAGCCACCACGGCACCCUGCUGCCCUCACAUCUCGCCGCCUUGUCCGCUCUCCACCAGAACCACGGCCACCCCCUUCAGCUGCAGUACGGCAGCUUGCACGCUCCCAGCCGCAUCAUCGAGGAGCUCAAUAAAGCCCUGGCGCUGUCCAUGCAGAGGUUUGAGAGUUCUGUGUUGCACGGUGGCAGCCAGUGUGCUCCUCUGGACAGAAGAGAGGUGCCGUCCGUGAUCAUCGACUACGAGGACGAUAAGGAGAACAUGCCCAAUGAGUCGGACUAUGAGGAUCUGCCCAGCAUGUACAAGGACGAGGACGACGUGGAAGACGAGGAUGACGACGAGGACGACGACUCCAUAUUUACAAGCACACUGGCUCAGAAGGUGCUGCGUAAAGACUCUCUGGCCAUCAAGCUGAGCAACCGUCCCUCCAAGAGGGAGCUGGAGGAGAAGAACAUCCUGCCGGUGCAGACGGACGAGGAGAGGCUGGAGUCCAGGCAGCAGAUUGGCACCAAGCUCACCAGGCGAUUGAGUCAAAGGCCAACAGCGGAGGAGCUGGAACAGAGGAACAUCCUCAAACCUCGCAACGAGCAGGAGGAAAUCGAGGAGAAGAGGGAGAUAAAGCGUCGGCUAACUCGAAAAGUGAGUUCCGACACAGCGAGCGGUUUGAGGCGAGAGGUCACAUGUGUCCUCAGAAGACAUCCAUGUCGUUGUUGCCCUUGGCUACAGCAUGUUGGCUGCCAAACCCCUGAACCCCAUGUAGAGCUGAGCCAGAGGCCCACUGUGGAGCAGCUGAGACAGGCCAAAAUCCUCAUCCGGUUUAGUGACUAUGUGGAGGUCUCAGAUGCCCAGGACUACGACCGGCGGGCGGAUAAGCCAUGGACCCGGCUCACAGCAGCUGACAAGGCCACUAUACGAAAAGAGCUCAACGAUUUCAAGAGCAAUGAGAUGGAGGUGCACGAGUCCAGUCGUCAUUUAACCAGGUUCCACAGACCAUAGUCAACCAAGCAGGGGUACAACCUUAAGUGCUGGACAGUCAAACGGUGCCCACUUUCUUCAGUAAGGCCAUGUUUUCAGAAAUGCCCCCACCCCAAAUAAAAACACCCACCCACUGUAGUAGCACAUAACGAUGACUCCAGUUGAUCUGCCGCACCUCAUCCUCGCCCCCUUUUGUGGAACUAGCUUGACUUCCAAAGUUCUCCAGGCUGAGCUCUCAGGCAGGUGCUCAUUUUUUUAAUUUGAUUUUAUUUUUUAAGUCUUCAGAGAGUGACAGAACAUUUCCUCAGUGUCAAAGUCCUUCUCAACGGCGACGUCACUCCCGAGGGAACGCCGUGUCGUGAUCUCAUCCGCCACGGGAUCCAUUUAAAUGUGCAAUAGUUUACUCCACUUCUUUCUCUUUUUUUUUACCUCCCCGAUGCUAGAGCGCCCUCUGGAGUUGGACCCGUGUACCUGACUUCUGUUCUUCCCUUUGUGCAAUUCUCACUGUUGUCAUCCAAUCGCUUACUGUGAAUCAAGAGGGCGUUUUUUCCCCCCCUGCUCUCAAAAUGUACAUAUUGUUUAUACGGAACAACUCGGAAGAAUCACUUUCAGCCAAAUGUCCUUCACUUGUGUCAGAAUGAUGUACAUGUAAUGUAAAAACUGCAGCUGACAUGUUUUGUAUGUUUUUUUGUUUUUUUGAUAGGCUGUUUGAAUGGAGAUGUGAAUUAAUACUAA